GUUGGUUCUCAGAACUGGCUCACUGUCUCCAGGCAACAGUAGACGCGAGAAGCCUCCCGGGCCUGGCGGCGCGCUCUCAGUGGGCCCUGCUGGAGGCUGCGGGAGCAGGCGGCAGGCAUGGCUUCCAAACAAGCUAAAAGGAAAGAAGUGCAUCGGAUCAAUUCUGCCCACGGAUCUGAUAAAUCUAAAGACAGCACUGUACCACCGGGUUCGGUUGAACAGAAGAAGGGGAAGUUCCCGAUCUGGCCGGAGUGGAGCGAGGCAGACAUAAAUGCUGAAAAGUGGGACGCAGGCAAAGGCGCGAAGGAGAAGGACAAGACUGGCAAGAGCCCCAUCUUCCACUUUUUUGAAGACCCUGAAGGAAAGAUUGAAUUGCCACCAUCAUUGAAAAUCUUUUCUUGGAAACGUCCACAAGAUUUUAUACUUAGCCGACCUCCCGUAGUUGUGAAAAAUGAAAUCAUGUUUGACUUGUUUUCACCAAAUGAGCACUUACUCUGCAGUGAGCUGAUGAGAUGGAUCAUCAGUGAAAUCUAUGCCGUGUGGAAGAUCUUCAACGGAGGGAUUCUGAGCAAUUACUACAAAGGGAACUCGGGGGAGCUGCCUACUCUGCUCUGGAAACCCUGGGAGCACAUAUACUCCCUCUGCAAGGCGGUGAAAGGCCACAUGCCUUUGUUUAACAGUUACGGGAAGUACGUAGUGAAGCUUUUCUGGAUGGGUUGCUGGAGAAAGAUAACUAUUGAUGACUUUCUGCCAUUUGAUGAGGAUAACAAUCUAUUGCUUCCAGCUACAUCCUAUGAGUUUGAACUCUGGCCAUUGCUACUGUCUAAAGCUAUCAUUAAGCUGGCAAAUGUUGACAUCCACAUAGCACAGAGGAGAGAGCUAGGAGAAUUCACAGUGAUCCAUGCGCUUACUGGAUGGUUACCUGAAGUCAUUCCUCUUCAUCCAGGGUAUGCGGACAGAGUUUGGGAGCUCUUGAAGGAAAUAUUGCCUGAGUUUAAACUCACAGAAGAGCAUAGUUAUGAAAACAAAAUCACAGUGAUAGACAACAAACUGAAGGAACCUGUGAAAGAGACCAAGGACGGCAAGGAAGUGAAGGAUGGCAAGGAAGUGAAGGAUGGCAAGGAUUUCAAACCAGAAACUUCCGUUACAACGCUGAAACCUCCAGAGAAAGGCGACAGAACUGUCAAGGAGAAAGCAGAUGCAAAAGACCUUGGGAAGAAGAAGAAUAAGGAUGGAGAGAAGGAGAAGGAAAGAUUCAAAUUUUCACUUCAUGGUUCGAGACCCUCAUCUGAUGUUCAGUACUCUGUGCAGUCCUUGUCAGAUUGUUCCUCGGCAACACAGUCCCCUCACAUGGUUGUAUAUGCCACCUUUACACCACUCUAUUUGUUUGAAAACAAGAUCUUUACAUUAGAGAAGAUGGCAAAUUCUGCAGAGAAACUUAGGGAAUACGGGCUUUCUCACCUCUGUAGCCAUCCUGUGCUGGUGACCAGAAGUAGGUCAUGUCCCCUUGUGCCACCCCCCACAUCUCCUCCCUUACCUCCCUGGAAACUCAUUCGCCAAAAAAAGGAAACGGUCAUAACAGAUGAAGCUCAAGAUGCUGCACCGAAGAAGCCUGAGCAGUUCCUUGAGAUUUCAAGUCCAUUUUUGAAUUAUAGAAUGACUCCAUUUACAAUUCCAACAGAAACGCAUUUUGUGCAAUCUGUCAUUAAGAAAGGAACACCGCUAGGGUCCAGUCUUCCUCCCCUUAUGGAAAAUGAAUUAGUACCAAGCAUCAGCCUUGGAGAUAUGAGCAUCGUGGCAGGAAACCCAUCUCAGGCUAAUAUUCCAUCACAGAGUACACCUGGAAAAGAGGAGCAGGCAGAGGUUGCACAGGGGGAUAUCCACCCGCCCGAGGCUGCCGGGUUAGAAAGGGACUUGAUCAACCUGAUAACAGUGACACAGGACAAGUCUCAGGAAGAGCUUGUGGCAAUCAACGAAAGUGCUUCCAAGGAAAUAUGGUUGGACUUUGAAGACUUUUGUGUCUGUUUUCACCACAUAUAUAUUUUCCACAAGCCAAGUUCUUAUUGUCUUAAUUUUCAAAAAUCAGAAUUCAAGUUUUCAGAGGAGCGUGUGCCCUACUAUCUAUUUGUGGACAGCCUGAAGCCCAUUGAACUACUGGUUUGCUUUUCUGCUUUGGUGCGCUGGGGGGAAUCCGGAGCCCUAACAAAAGAUAGUCCUCACGUGGAGCCUGGGCUCUUGAUAGCUGAAGAAAUCACCUGGAAGUCCCUCAAGCCUCUCAGUUCUGUUCUGAGGAUCCACACCUAUGCUACCAAAGCCGCCAUGGUGCGCCUGCCUGUCGGGAGGCAUAUGCUGCUCUUCAGUGCUUAUUCCCCCGUGGGACAUGCCUUACAUGUCUGCAGCAUGGUGACAUUUGUCAUUGGGGAUGAGGAUGUUGUACUGCCCAACUUUGAGCCGGAGAGCUACCGGUUUACGGAACAGUCUCUAAUAAUUAUGAAGGCUAUUGGAAAUGUAAUUACUAGUUUCAAAGACAAAGGUAAACUGUCUGCAGCUCUGAGGGACCUGCAAGCAGCUCACUACCCUUUCCCCCUCCACAACAAAGAACUCACUGCUCAGCACUUCCGGGUUUUCCACAUAUCUUUGUGGCGUUUAAUGAAAAAAUGUCAAAUAACCAAGCCUCCUUUAAACUUCAAGUUUGCAUUCCGGGCCAUGGUUUUAGAGUUGGACGUACUGGAUUCCUUCUCAGAGGACGCCUCUUUAGCAGAAUGGGUAGACCUUAAAUACUGUAUGCCGAUACAUGAGAAGGAGUAUUCGCCCGAGGAAAUAGCUGCUGCAGUGAAAAUUCAGUCCGUGUGGAAAGGGACCUAUAUCAGACAGCUCUUCAAAGCCAGAACACCAGACACAAAGGAAAAUGCCACUGUUGCAGAUAUACUUCAAAAAAUUUGGGCACUAUUAGAGAUGAAUAUGGAGCAAUACGCACUGUCUCUCCUAAGACUAAUGUUUAGAAGCAAGUGUAAGUCUAUGGAGUCUUACCCAUGCUACCAAGAUGAAGAAACUAAGAUGGUCUUUGCUGACCACACUGUGAACUAUGCAGACCAACCUCCAAAUUCUUGGUUUAUAGUAUUCAGAGAAACAUUUUUGGUUCCUCAUGAUAUGAUGUUAGUCCCCAAAGUAUAUACUACACUUCCCAUCUGUUUGCUACAUGUGGUGAACAAUGACACGAUGGAGCAGGUGCCCAAGGUGUUCCAGAAAGUGGUGCCUUACCUGUACACCAAAAACAAGAAGGGAUACACGUUUGUGGCGGAAGCAUAUACUGGCGAAUCAUAUGUGUCAGGUGCACGAUGGAAACUGAGGCUCAUCGGCUCUUACAGCCCACUACCGUUCCUCUCUCGAGAUGCUCCAUGCAACACCUUUACCAUAAAGGAAAUCAGAGACUACUACAUCCCGAAUGACAAGAAAAUCCUCUUCAGGUACUCCAUUAAAGUGACAGGGGCACAGUGUAUUACAAUACAAGUCCGCACAUCCAAAUCCGAUGCCUUCGUCAAGCUGCAAGUGCUGGAGAGCGAGGAGACCAUGGUGAGCACCGUGGGCAAAGGGCAAGCCAUCAUUCCUGCCUUCUACUUCCUUGGAAGUGAAAAAGCACUGAGCUCCCAGUCUAGCAAGCAAAUUCUCUUAUCUCAUACUUCACCUAAGAAAGAGCCAGAAGUGAUGCCCAAAAGAAAACCUGGCCAGACAAGUCAGAAAUCUUUUAAGGGAAGGCCGGGAAGUGUGUUGGCAGAUAUGGGUAUGCCUCUGCUGGAAGACGAAGUUAUGAGCAUACCCACUAUUGAGGAAAAUUUUAGCACAGGACAGCAGUGUUACAGGUACAUCAUACAAUGCUUGGUGUUGUUUAACAGCUGGUCACUCAAUGAAACUCAACUGACAUUUGUUCAAAUGCUGAAAGACUUGGAGAAACUUGAUAUCAAAGCUCAUAUAGAGAAACAUGAAGAACAAGUUACCACAGGAAGUCCAGAUUUCCAUGCUGUCAGCGAAGGGCAGAAAUCUGUCAGCACUUCCAAAACAUCAAGGAAAGGCAAGGAGAGGGCUGCAGAGAGGGAAAAGUUAGCCAAGGAAAAGCAGGCUCCUCGCUCUGAACCACAGCCAAUUCCCACUGCUCACUCUCAGCAAGAAGAUCCAAACAAACCCUACUGGAUUUUGAGGCUGGUCUCUGAACACAGUGAGUCAGACUAUGUUGAUGUGAAAAAAGACACAGACCGAGCAGACGAAAUCCGAGCCAUGAAGCAAGCUUGGGAGACAACUGAGCCAGGAAGGGCUAUCAAGGCUUCUCAAGCCCGUUUGAAGUACCUCAGCCGGUUCAUUAAGAAGCCACCUGAACCCCCGGCCCCUGUCCCCAUCGCUGAGACUGUCUCUACUACUAAAUCCUCAGAAGAAGGAGAAGUAAGAGGAAGUACUGGUAAAGAUGUAGACACUAAACAAGGGCCACCACCAACACCGGCAGCAGGAAAUGUCCUGUGGAAGAAGUGGCAACUGUCCAAGAGCAUCAAGGAUCUGACAAAAUCCACAAGCAGUGAGGGUGGAGCGCCUGUGCCACCGAAGGAAGAACGUGAACCGAGUGCCCUGAGAAAUGUCCUGAGCAGUAUAUUGAGUGCACAUGCACGCAAGGAGGCCCCUGUGGCCCGUGUUCGAUCUCAGACGAUUUUGGAAAUGUCUCCACGGCUCAUUCGAAAAGCACUAGAAUUUGUGGACUUCAGUAAUUAUGUACGGAACACAACUGAAGAGGCUGUGCUGCAAACCGACGAGCUGAGUAAGCAGCAAGCAAUGCAGAAGGCAGAAGAAAUCCACCAGUAUCGCCAGUAUAGGUCCCGAAUCCUGAGCAUCAGAGACAUUGAACAAGAGGAACGGUUUAAGGAAAGGGAUGAGGUUCUGGAAAUGUAUGGGGAAAUGCGGGACUCUGUAGAUGAAGCCCGGCAGAAGAUCCUUGACGUCCGGGAAGAAUACAGAAACAAGCUGCUGGAGGCCGAGCGCCUGAGGCUGGAAGCUUUGGCAGCUCAGGAGGCUGCACUGAAGGUAGAGUCGGAGAAGUCUCCAGUGUCUGACUCCCAGAAGAAGAAGAAAGGAAAGAAGAAGUAA